CUUCCCGCUGGUGGGCUGCAGACCCCACGCAAGCUACCCUGUUGGCCUGUCCUCUCCCAAUGGGGCCCAGCCAGCCCCAACUCCCCACUGGGGGAACACUGCUCUGGCCUGCUACUGUACCCACCUGAGAGUUCUUGGGGCCCAGUGAGUCCUGCUGGGUCAGCAUGGUCCCAACCCAGGUCGCCCAGCCUCCUACCCCGACAGCAGUCCCAGCAUCACACGGCAAAAACAAUUAUCUGGAUCAUCUUUAUGGGGCUUAAGCCUGGGUGGGAGCAGAUGGGGUGUGAGCUGGGGAUUUGGGGCUGGGUACCCACUCCCCCCACAUCCCAGUCUUUUAAAAAGCCUUCUCUGGCACGGGGCCGGGCCAGAGGCCAGCAGAGAAGUGGACAGGCCCAAGGAGCAGGGACAAGGAUGGACCAGGAAGAGAAGGUAGAUGGGGGUUUGGCCCCCUACAUCAAGGUAAGCAGGCCCUACCCCUAAACCCCAACUCCUCAAGAGCUGCAAAUGACAAGACUAGUUUGUAGGGCACCUAAUUAGCGAUUGAGUCUCCUGGGCCCCCUGGCCCAGUUUGCUGCCUAAGGAGGUGCUGGUGGGAAUGAGGGUCUCAGUACCUGAUCCAGACCAAGGGCAGGGGUCAGAGCUCUCGGUGAUGGUCCCUGUGAGAUAGAGGAAUGCUGGGACUCGGGGGUGGCCCCUGAGAUAUUUCCCUGGCUGGUGUCCCAGCCCCCAGGCCACCCUGCAGUAGGGCCUCAAUCUAGGACGGCAGGACACCAGCAGCCUCUCCCUUGAGGCGGCACCACGUGAAGUGGCACCGCUGGCUGGGGCCCCGGAGCUGGGACUGGGAAGGGGACUCGUGUCUCAUUCAAAGCGGCAUUGCAGAGCUGCAUGCACAUCAGCAGGGACUAUGGUGAGAGCCGAGGAGACGGGGAGGGCAGCAUGGCAGCUGGUGAGGGGCCGGCUGAAUCUGGUCUGUCUGUUCACCAGGCGGGCUCCCCAGACCAAGAGGGCUUCUUCCAACUGCUGAGCCAUGUGCAGGGCGACCGAAUGGAGGAGCAGCGCUGCUCGCUGCAGGCAGAGCCAGGAACAACUUCCGAGAGCCAGAGUGGCCCUGCACCAGAGAUGGACAGUCUCAUGGACAUGGUGGCCAGCACCCAGGGCCGCCGCAUGGAUGACCAGCGAGUGACAGUCAGUGCCCUGCCUGGCUUCCAGCCUGUGGGUCCCAAGGUAGGUUAUGUUCUGCUGGGGCUGAGGAGAGAGCAACCAGGCGGAGCCCCCAACCCCGGCCUCCCACCCCAAGCCUGAUGGGAAUCUCCACCCCUGUUUAUCAUGUGCCACCUUGUGCCCCUGCCAGUCACAAGGUCCUGGUCAAUACAAUACCCGACUUCAGACAGGAAGAUGAAGGCCCAGACAGGACCAAGAGGUUCCCAAGGUCAUGCAGGGGGCAUAUUAAUGUCAGAGCCAUGGCUGGAACUCAUGGUUCCUACCCCCACAACUGAUGAUUUUAGGGCGGCCAGAGAGAACAGAAGCCCCUUUCUGGCAAAGCACCUCCAGGGAGGAAGGCACACGAACUCAUGCACAGGACACAUCCAUACACUCAGAUGUGUCCAUGUCACAUGUAAUCAUGCACAGAUUGGGUUCUAACCAAGACUCCAGUGGGAUCCCCAAGACCCCCACCUCACACCCAAAUAACACCCUAAGCAAUGAGUAACUAAGGUAUGUAGAAGCUCGGGGAUGGUCGGGGCAGAUGAUGGGAGGUAGGACACUGGUUCCCAUGGGCACUCUCCCUCCAUUGUUUGUGUCACUUCUGGCCGGCGCUGCCUUGGACCCUCCCGCUGGCUGACCCCUCUUCAUCUGCAGGAUGGAGUGCAGAAACGAGCUGGGACCCUCAGCCCCCAA